UAUAUGCAGUUGUCAACCACAACGUCAGAAAAGCUUAGACGGAAGAUGAAAAUGAAAGGUCUUGAGGUAGAAUUGUGGUUAUCUGAACAUGGCUUCCCUAACACAAUGAAGACACGGAUCAUGGAAAAUGUACAUCGAAAACUUGAAGAAAACAAAAAUGUUCAUGUGGAGAUCCUCUCUGUUCUUCCCCCGGACUAUUUAAGCUAUGUCAAGCGCUGUCUCUGCUUGGCUACGCUAAGGAAAGUUCCGAAGCUUAAAGACAUCGAAGGAUUAGAAGAGUUGAAAGGAAUCUGUGAGCAUUUUAAGCCAGUGAUCUAUGCUAAGGACAGUUUUAUUAUUCGAGAGGGCGAGCACCUUGAUAUGAUACUCUUGGUCACGCAAGGGACUGUUCGCAGCUACACAACUAGUAACGGAGGAAAAAAGGAUCCCACAACACCUAAGCAUAUUAAGCAAGGUGAUUAUUAUGGAGAAGAACUGAUAAGUUGGGCAUCAAAAUUUCCCCCCUCCACUGAGUUACCCAUCUCGGAUAAAAAUGUUAGGUCCAUUACAAGAGUUGAAGCAUUUGCUCUCACGGCCGAGGACUUAAAGAAUCAUGUGCUCCUUAGAUAUUUCUGGUGGCAAUUUACCAAGGGAAUCGAUCUCAACAAUUUGACUGACUCUCAGAUGCUGCAGUUGAAAGAAUUGGCAGUUAUAAACUCACAAAGAGCAUUUCGUCGCCGCAAGAGAGCGGAGAAGCCUGCAGCCUUGCAAAUGAAAACUCGGUCCAUGUCAGCUGUCCCAAUUCUGUAA